AACGACCUUCGAUGGACCCAUUGAAGACAUCAAAAUCGAGAGAACUCAGGAUGAUUUGCGAAGUGACAUGAUUACCAAUGAACUCGCGUUCGUGGUCGCUGCUGAACUGCCCUCGUUUUCUGUCUUGCCAAUUCGGACUACGCCGUUGACGGAGAAGCUGUUCAAAUGGAUGAUAUGUGUCUGUCUCUCACCACAGGAGAAAUUCGUGCAGAAGUGGUUUGAUAGCAACGAUCACAGUCGAUCCGGCCAUGACUCACGGAUUCAUGGGCCUUGUUGCCGCAAUGCACUGCGCUCUGGCCGAAUGGAAUGACAUGACAACAAUAGACUUCCAUCGCUAUGAAGCGCUCAAGCAUAUUAACGAAAGAUUAAACCUAGAAGGCAGAGACAACGCUACGGUAUCAGACGGGGUAAUCGUCUCUGUAUCUCUCCUUGUUCACGUUGAAGCAUUCAUAGGUUCGCUCCCUGCAGCUAGAGCACACCUGAUGGGUUUGAAGAAAAUGAUUGAGAUGCGCGGUGGAUUACUCGAUGGUUUCCGACACAGCACCCUGCUCCAGCGUGCUCUGGCAUGGGCAGACUUUGCUUAUGCUACGGCUUCACAGAGUGCAUUGUCGUUCCCAUUUAUCCCGACGCUGGCCUCCGCUCUCGACAUACAGGACCGGUUCUUGUCGCGCUCCAUGAUGCUCAACACUUCUUCGUUGGGCCGGUGUCAUAACCGGCUGACCAUUCGAGACCGCGAAACGAUCGAGCUCUUUGAAAUCAUCUAUUCAACGACGCAGGCUGUAAAUACCUUCGAGUUCGAGAAGUUGGAGAGUCUCCGAGCUGAGCGGGGCCAAAUGAGCGACAGCGUUUAUUUUGUCGAGUAUAGGCUAUGUCACCUCGAGGAAAUGUGUCAGAUGCGUGGCCGACGGCUUCUUUCAAUGCCACGGGACAAUACAACAACGGCGCCAUGAUCGGCAGGCCGCCAACGGAAGGUUGGCUCGCCCCAGGGACAGAGUAUCCUGAGUCCUCGUAUGGUACGCCAGAUUCUUUGAA